AUGUGGACAGACACAAAUGUGAAGCCUCAUCGCUGCAGUGCCUGCCAGCUGUCAUUUGCCCGAAGAGAUCUUCUACAGAGACACCACUCGACAUACCAUGAAGCCCGGGAUCCGAUGGAGCCGCUGCCAGGUGGUGUUCCUACCGUGGCCGGCCGCACGCCCAUUGCCUGCCAGAACUGCGCGAAUGCUAAGACAGGAUGUGACAAGCGAGUGCCCUGUUCUCGGUGUGCCGAAAAGAACCUCCCCUGCGCUGCUCGCUUCGCACGGCGAUCGUCCAAGGCGGCAGUGCGUGCAGCCCAGGCCAACGCGGCAGCAGCAGCGGCCUUCACUGCUCAGAUGGUGCCGGUGCCUUCACCACCGCAGCCAGGACCGCCGUUGACGCCGGCCUUUAUCGAGCUGGAUCUACAUGCGGCCGUUCCGAAGGCAGACUCGCCCAUCCGGUCACCACUUGGCCUGGACCACUUGAUGGUCGGGGGCGCCACUGGUGUCGACAUGUGCCUCCCCGACAACAGCGGGCUCCACCAGCCUUCUCCACUGCACCAGCAGUUGCACCACCACGCAUACCCGCCUCAGAAGAAGUCGCCGGCACACACACACGGCCACCUCAGUCCGGAGGACUUUUCCUCGCCACACGGGCGGAUCGAGACAUUAGACGAGUUUAUGGGCUUUGGAGCUACGACAAAUGAGUUCAUCGGUCCGGAGACGAGCUUCCAGGACCUGAUUUGGACCGAAUACCACAUGGACCUGGACAUGUACCCGCACCCAAUGCAGCUCACACGGCCUGGCGAUUUGGCACCUUCUGCUCUCGUGCCGCCAUUCACAGCGGCCACGGAACUCAGCGACAUGUCGUCCAGUUCCGAGCCCAUGACGGUGUCGUCAUCGCGCAACUCGGUGCACACACGCUGCACCAGCAUCUUCUCGACUGGCGACAACGACGGCGCCAGCGGCAGUGGUGUGCGUGGGGUGAGUGGUGGCAGCGGCGGACACAUGCACGAGCACAGGGGCAGCGUGUUCAAGCCCAGCACGGUGGUCGACUUGGCUGCUAUGGUGCCAGCAGCCGACGGAGGGAUCCCCGAAUUUGAAGUGGUCGUGGCCUCGGAUGCAGCCUGGCCGCUGGCGCGUUGCAAUCCACCAAUCUUCUCGGGAUCAUGUCCACGGACGGCGAUCGUGCAUCUAGAGUGCCUGGAGCACAAGUCCAAGCAGGAGGGGACCUGGGGCCCGCUGGAGCACUACCUGGACGGCCAGCCAGAGUCGGCCGAUGCAGCGCAGGUAAUGCCGCUCACGUCGCGCUCACGCGAGAAGAUGCUGGCCAUCACGCAGAGCUUCCUGCAUAAGGCGCUCGACAUCCACCGGUCAGGGCUGUACCCCAAGAGCGGCAUAUCAGGAGCCUCAAGUCCGACGGUGGACUUCAACUUCUUGGUGCUGCCGCCGUCGCGCAUUCUCGAGUACUUUCUGCGCAACUACGUGCACAGCUUGGCGAUCUAUUAUCCGCUGGUGGUCGGCGGGAUCGUCGAUCCCAACGAGAUGCUGGACAACAACCAGGCGUCGACGCUGCUGGUGCUGUUGAUGAUUGCACAGGGCGCUGCAUCGGUGCCGAUGGCCGAGGCGCGCUACCUGUCGGCCGGCCUCUCGGAGACCUGCCGGAUCUCGCUCUUCGAUAUCAUCGAGAAGAACGUGGAGUUGUCGGCCGAUCCGCUGGCUCUCCGCUGCGCCCUGCUCUUCACCCUGCUCGGUGCCUGGGGCGGUGACAAGUGGCACAUGGACAUUGCUAUGGGCCAGCGCAGCAUGUAUCUCUCGAUGUUGAAACAUGCCGGCAUGCUUGAGCCACAGCCGUCGAUGGUGCCCAGCUUGGGCAGCCAGACCAACACGGAGCUGCAGUGGCGCUCAUGGCUGCACCGUGAGGCCCAGAACAGGCUGGUGUACAACUGGGUGAUGGUGGACCAAGAGCUGAGUCUGUUCCACGACACAACGCCGGUGCUGUCAAUCAGCGACCUGCAGUGUCCGCUGCCGAGUCCCGACGUUCUCUGGCUGGCUCCCACGGCUGAUCGCUGGCUGGCUACUGCCCAGAGCCUCUACGGCUGCACAGCUGUGCAUACACAUGCUCACGGCCGUGGUGGAUCGCCGAUGCUGGUGUCGUCAGCACUGACGCCGUCGCUGUGCGACGUCUUCCAGGACUUUUUGCACGAUAAUCUGGCGCGGCGCAAGAGCAGUCUGACGCCUCAGCUGCUGCGGCUGUUGUUGCACCCGCUGCAGACGCUGCUCGGCCACCUGCGCACGAUGCUCUCGUGUCUGUCGGACGUGACGCCGACGCGACGGACGAGCAACCGGACAGUCACCAAGGCGUCGACGCUGCAGCGGUUGGAGGAGGCGCAGGCUCAGCUGCAGCAGUGGUACGAGCUGUCGAUGGCAUACUGCAAGGCCAAUCCAGACUGUGGUGUUACGCACUGCAAUCUGGUGCUCUACCAUCUCAUCUCGCUCAACGCCGUGACCAACUUCCCGGAGGUUGAGCGUCUCGCCCGACGCGACGGUCUGGGCAACACGCCUUUCUGGGAUCUGGCCCUCCGGCACAAGCUCUGCAUCUUGCAGCGCGAGGAGGCCAUUUUCCACUGCGGCCAGGUCCUGCGGCUGCUGCGCCCGAUGGCCCUCAAUUGCCGUCCCAGCUGGUGGAGCACUGCUCUAUACCGGGCCGUUCUCAUCCUCUGGGCCGACAGUGUCUGCCGGCUGGACCCCAACUUCGAGCAGCAGCGUGCUGGUGCUGGGAUGUCCAUGUUGUCUUCUGCUGUGGCGGCGGCAACAACGACUGUCGCUGCUGCAAUUCCUAGCGGUUCUGUGGUACCGGCAGGUGUUGGCCCCAGUUCUGGCGCGAAUCCUGGUGCUGGUAGCGGCCCCGGAUCUGUGGCCUCGGCCUCUUCGCCUGUGCAGGCAGGCUCGUCCCCCGGCCUAGGCCGAAGCAGCAACAGCCGCAGCAGCAGCGUGCACAGCUCGUCUGCGUCACUCGUGGCCAUUGACCAGGUGACUCCCGAGGACCAGGCGGUGAUCACGUAUCUCUGGCAGGGCGACGGGAUUGCAGUUCUCACUCGUCUUGACGGAACGCAUUUUACCCUGGACAAGCCUACGGAGAUUCUCACAUACGGCGUCAGACGGAUCGAAGAGACCAGGAACACACGGAUCGGAGACGGCAUUCGUCGCAAGCUGAUGACUCUGGCGACAAACUGGGCCGGCCAGACGGGCAUGUAG